GGCAGCGGAGGCGGAAGUGGCAGCGGCAGCAGCAUCGUCAGCGGAAGUGGAAGUGGAAGUGGAAGCUGAGUCGGCUGUGCAAGUGUCAGGUGAAUCAUUGGGGCAAGUUGAAUGGGAAGCAGAAAGUGAAGCGGCAGCACAGGUUGAGUGGGAAGGUGUGUCUGUCAUCGCGCCAGUGGGAUUCGAGUCUGAGGCGCUUUCAGAGACUGCAGGGGAAGGCGAAUCUGAGCGAUUGGCUGAGCGUGUGAGUGAGAUGGAGACGGAAUAUGCUGAAUUAGUUGGUGAAUUUUGUUUGUCUUCCUGCGAAUCUCUCGCUUGCUUGAAUUACUGUUUCGCCUCAGUCUCUGUCGUUCCUUCUCAGUGUUCACUUCCCGUUUAUUCUGAAUCAUGUUUGAAUUCCUCUGUUCCCACCGUUGAUGAAUUGUUUUGUUCUUCUUCAACUUUUGAUAUCAUUGCUGAACCUUCUUAUUUUGUUUCCGAAAAUUGUGUUGAUGAUGUUUUUAUUACUCAAGCGUUGCCGUCUUCUUUUGUUGAUUGUUCUUCUCUAUCGGAUUCGCGUGAAAUUAUGUCCACUUUUGUUGAUUUUGAUGUUUGUUCUCCUACAUCAUCUUUUACAUCUGUUCAUAACGGUUUGUCUGAGUUUUCGAAGUUUGAUUUGCAUUCUGCUCCAUCUUUAGAUUUGAAUGAUUCUUCUAGUCCCCCUUUCGGUUUGCUUCUGGGACUUAGUAGUUACUUGAAACCUGAAAAUGAAUGUGUUUUGGAUUUGCCGGAUGUGUGUAGUGAAGGUGCUUUUUAUUCCAAUGAAUCCUCUGGAAUUCCUGAAAAUCUUGAUAUUUCAAAUAAUCGGGAUGAUUCUCCUUCUGAUGUUAAACCUGAUGUUUCUAUGGUGAAGGAGAUAUUUUUUGAGACUUCUUCUAUGUUCCUACCAGAAGCAUCUGUUCUUGGUGUUACUGGAUAUGAACGUAUUUCGCCUGAUGAACUUGGGACAUCAAACAUAGUUCCACCCAUACUAACCGCAAAUGCAACAUUGCCAGCGGAGUCCUUUUCCGAGGAACAUUUGUCAUUAUCUAACAAUGAAAUGACCAAGUAUUUUGAUGGCUCUACUCCAAAGAAGCCGAAAGACUUUUCAUCUGGUGCAUGUUUCCGCUUAUCUGAUUAUUGUGAUGAGAAAUUUAAAGUUAGGUCUGGUGAACCAAUAUCUAAAGAAACUGCUGUUUAUGAUGAAAUUUCUCCUACUGUUACUGAGGAGUGUGGCUCAAGGUUUCCUCGUGAUUCUGCUGAAACUGUAAUGAACUUAGAAAUUGAUAGUUUAGAAAAAUCUGCUUCUUCUAGAAAGUCUGAUUUAACAUAUCUUGCUGCUGCCUCGGGUGCUAAUGUAGCUGUAGAGUUUACAGAAGAAGAAGAAGGAGAAGAAGAAGAAGAUGUGGAAUCGCCUGAAGCACAUGCUUCCACAGUAAAAGUGCCUAAACAUGGUGAUGCUAGUCAGCUAGUUCACUCUGCCUUAGACAGAUCUGUUAGGGUGCUUAAUCGUCUGCAAACGUAUGGAUUUCGAGGAAGCAUUUCGCCUACAAGUUUUUACAGUAACCAACUUAAUUGGCAUUCGUCUGAAACUAAAAUACGACCUCCAUAUAAAGAAAGUAGUGAAGAAAGUGUGAAAGUUCUCUCUCAGAUACAAAAUGAUUAUCCGAGUACUUCUGUAACAAACACCGAAGUACAUAAGAUGAAAGAGUUUGACCAUGAUGAACUUGAUGACUUUGAUGGUGACAGUCUUGAAGGCUUCUGUAUUCCAUUCGAACUAGAUAGUGCAGGUGACGAUGCAAGUAAAAUUCACACUGAUGAACCUAAAUGCGAACGUACUGGGCUAUCUCCAAUACCUGAAACAGUCAUCGGAGAUCAGUUCUUCAAAUUUGACAAGGAAUUAAAAGCUGACUUAGAAGAUCAGCAGGACCAUCCCUCGAAAAAAGAAGUACUUAGACACCAAUACGCAAUUCCUGAUUUUACGGGAUCCUGUCGCUCCAUUAGUUCUAUAAGUAAUAUACUAUUCACUUCUGAACAAGAUUUACAGGCAAGUUCAACUCCAGAUGAAUCAAGUAAGGACAGCCAAUCUACAGUCGUUAAUAUUGGUAUGCUGGAAACAUCACCAGUAAUUUCGCCUUUUUUAGGAAAAAGAGAGGAAACAAGUGACCAACGGGAAAAAGAGAAUUUAGAUGCAUACGAAUUUGACAAUACACAACUGCUUGAAUCCAGAACUACCUUAGCUUCUAUUGAAAGUGACCUCAACCUCGUCAAUAACGAAACAAAAUUGUCAUGUGAUAAUACAACAUUAGAUUACUCACCUAGUACCCUUAAAAAAAGAUCAGUUAACUCCUUAUCCAACCUUUUAGGGUCGGAAUCUUUGAUUAGAAAGGAGGAUUCGAAAACAUCUACAAAUUUUAAUAGCAUUUCAGUAUCACAACCUAUUUAUACAGCUGGAAAAAAAAUAAGUGCUGCGCAAAAUGAGUUCCAUAGAUCCAUAGAAGAACAUGCAACCAGUUCUCCACAACUUUCUCAAGAACAGCAAAUAUAUACAGUCAAAGAUUCAUCUAAGUUGAAAGAUAUAGAUGUUUCUAAUGAUCAGUCUAAUUUCUCAGCACCGGUUAUUGAUGAAACAAAGAAAUCAAAAACAAGCAGUGAUAAUAUCACCAGCAGUUCAUUGUCCGAAUUUGAACGGUUAGAAAAGGAAUUAGGUACAAGCGAUUCUACCUCUCCUAGUAGUGGUCAUAAAGGAAGUGGUGAAGAUAUCAGUUCUCAUACAUCCUCACUUUCUGAGUAUCUGAGACAUGAAAAGGAAUGUGAGAAUUGUGAAGAUAACUUCGUAUUACCAUCAGAUUCAAUAAUUAAGUCAAGAUUAAAUGAAAUGAUGGAUGUAAACACUAAAGUGAAAGCAGAAGUGUUAAUAGCUCCAAGUUUAAUAGCUCCAAGCUAUGGACAGAUAUCAACCAUUUAUGAAGAUGUUGCAGAAAACCACACAAGUUCACUAUCACAAAGUAUAGAAUCACCCACAACUUCACAUUAUUCAACCAAAGAGGAUAAUCAGACUUUAUUUAUGAACUUAUAUCAAAAAGAUGAAAACAAAUCACACACAAUAUGUUCUGAUUCCAUAGUUUCAGUUAUUCAUUCAACAAUGUCCAGUGAUCCUUUGGACGUUGAGCAAAUUGCUGAAAGUUUAACUUCUAGUUCAGAAAUUGAAAUUUUGAUAGACAGAGCCGACGACCAAAUGAGUGGAUUGCUAGAAGCCGACUCAUUAAUUUAUUCUUCAAUCUACGAUUCGUUAAUACCUUCCGGUUAUGAGAACAGUAUUUUUGAAGGAACAAAUGCGAUGGUUGGAACACAUUAUAAUUGGAGAGAUCCGUUAUUACGUGGAAGAGACUCUUUAGAAGAGAGUGAACAUGGACAAGUUAAUAAAGUGACAGAUUCCCUCUGUACCACAUCAUCAUCAGCUAUUUCAAACCAGAUGAGGAAAAAUGGAAUAGAGCAAUCAGAAAAUGAUGAUCAAGGUAUAACUGAGUUUGACUCUGCACAUAUUGAUAUCUUACAUCAACAAUAUUUCGAAACCAUUGACGAAAAAGAUUUUUGUAAUCUACCUUUAGAUGAAACAUCUCUUGCUGAAAAUGUGAGUUCAACAACUCCCUUAGAACUACCUCAGUCAACACGCCCUAUUGGGCAAAAAGAUUCAAGUGAAUCAGUGUCCCGAGUUAUGAACGAUGAAUUGCUUAAUGUGCUCGCUUCUGCAAAUAUAAUGACUGAUUCACUAGAUGAUAGCAAUGCAGCAAUGGACCUAAUAAAUGUCACAAUUUCUCCAACUUUAUAUUCAGUACCACCUGCAGUCGGCAUUUUCGAAGUGUCUUCACAUCCAACACAAAGUAGAUAUGAUUUAACACCUAACCUAUUAGUCCACGAACCUAAAGCAAAUUUGUCUUCACCAGUAAUAAUAACCUCUGAAGCUGAACAUUCUUCGGUUGCAGGUGAAGUCAGGGCACCUAGCACAUCUAAGGCAUAUUCUCCAUCAUCAGUCAAUGACUCUAAGAUGGCUUCGAAUCAUGAACCAAACAUAUUUGAUAUCUCUGAAGGUGAAGUCGUUGUAGAAAAUAAAAGCGUCUAUGAUAUACAAAGACAACCACUGAGCAGCCUUCUUCAACAAGACAACACCAUAAAAGAAAACGUUUCAAGGGUUACUCAAGAACAAGGAGCAAAAGAGGGUGUAAAUUCAGAAAAAUCUCAGGUGGAUGCAAAGCUCCUGAAUGAAGAAUUGACGGGAUCACCAGCAAAUGAAGCUCCCACAGAUUCAGAAUAUGUAAUAAUAGAUAUAAAGGAUGCGAAAGGUGACUCAGAACAGACUACCUUAUUCAAAAAGGAAUGAAAUAUGAAAAUCAAUUAUGUGUUAGGAAGCUUUUAAUGCUAAUUUAUGCAAACACAUACAUUUGAAUGUGGCUGUAUCUCUUUUUCACUUUGUGUCAACGUGAAACAUUCCAAAAUUUGCUAUUUGCAUUUCAUCUUUUGAAAUUAGAUUCGUGAGGUAUUUAUUUUCCUACCUGAUAUCCGUUAUCUAUUACUCUUACCAAGAUUAUUGUGGUACACGCUUUUUCUCAUCUAAACUCAUUAUUAUUCAGAUGUUACUCUCAUUCAUCAACUACUAAGAGCUCAUCGUAGUUUCUUAAAAAAAACAUAGAAAUUCCUGAACUUUGUUUCCUUUUAUCAGUAUACUACAUUAACACAAAUAUACACAUACAGGCAAAUACACACACAAAUCUUUUAGGGAUACGCUGGAGUUUACAAGGCGAAACUUCAUCUCUAAUUUCAUAAAGUGGACUGAUCAUUCUGGAAGACAUUAAUGUUCAAUUCUCAAAGACCUAUCAUUCCUCAAGUGUGAUGAAGACAUAAGCAAUCUAAGAGAUCCUGAUUCCUGUGCAAUUCUUUGUGUUUCAAAAAUGUGUAUAUUCCAUACUCUUCAAUAUCUUCAAUGUGCUGACGCUACGAUGACUAAAAAUAGUGGAACAAAACUAACAUCAAAAUCUUCGAUACACCACUGUCCAAUAAUAUGUAAUAAUAAUAAUACUAAUCUAUCAUAAUUGUAUUUCGUCUCCAAAGUGGAAUUCGAUUCUCUUUCGGUGUGUGAAUUUCAUAUUCUUUUCGAUUAUUUUCAUCAGUUUCAGUGGAGAUUUAAGUAAUGCCCUGAAACUAAUAAUGCAGAUAUUACCGGAUAUAAUAAGCCAGUUAACUUUCUUCCAAAUUAACACAAAUGUUGAUUAGAAGGUUUUUUCUAAGGUAUGCACUUGACAAAUUAUUAAUCGACAACCAUUUUACACAUGCUGCUACACGCACACAAAUGAUAAUGCGUCAUAACUUCAUAUCAUAAAACUUUUUUGUUCACAAAAGUCGACUGAAAUAAAUGGACUAUUAAAUUACCCCCUUCUCUUGUCUGUUUCGUACAGUUUUCCAACUUCCAGGAAGCUAUUACAAUUUUGCCUAAAAAGUUAAUCUACUUUUAAUACAACGAUUAUGAUGAAGAAAUAUUUUCCGUCAAAAAAACGGAAAUUGCAACCACCUAUUUAUUGAACUAUCCACACACAGGCAAUUCACUAUUCAUUGAAGCCGACAUACUGAGAUUACUACUAUCCUACUUUAAAUUAUUUUCUUGCUCUAAUAACACUUUUAUUGACCUGCUUCACAGGUCACGCAGCAUAAACAUCGAUGGACAAAAUCAUGCUCUUCAUUGUGUUUAUUUGUUAUUUUCGCUUUUUCGUAGUCAGUCGCUGUCGUUUGUCCUUAAAUUCUAACUGUCUUUGCACUAUUUAUUUUGUCCAACUUCAUACAGAUAGUAUUUAGUAAGAUUAUCCACUGAAAACGAAAUAAGCUUUAGUUUUCGCUUAUGGAAAUUUUCCCUCACCGUCAGUAAUUAUUCAUAUUACUUACUUUGAUUUUAUUUGGAGACGUAUUCCCAUGCACAUCAUAUAGCUCUUCGCAACUACUAAAACGAAAAAACUAGUAUGCAUUUGCUUUUACUUCCUUCGGGCAUAUCUUGCUUCUGAAAUGCUCUUUUUUACCUAUUCUUGCGCUCUUUUUCAUCACUUACUCUUUAUAUCUCAAAUUCUUAAUGAUUUUCUUCUCUUCAUCUGUUUCUGCUUCGCCUGUAUCCUUUCACCAGCAGCCUUCAAAUGAAAUUCUCAGUUAUCUUCUAGUUGUAAUCAUAUCGUUUCAAAUAUGUGACAAUAAUUUGUCGGGUUGAUUGUAACAUCGUUUAAAUGCUCUUUCAUUUACUCAGUUCAAUAUUCCUUGUUCUCCUUAUCUCUUUUUCAUUAAUUUUAGAAUUGUUGAUAAUUUAAUAAAUUUAAUCAAUAAAUUUAUGUAAUCUUAUACGUAUUAGGUCGACAGAAACUGGCAAACCACAAUAAAAUUAAUUUGCCACACAGACACAAAGCAAAGGGAUUCACCAAUAUAUAUAUAUAUAUA